AUGCAAAGAUUUUUAAAUACUCCUAAGUAUGAUAAAAAAUAUAUUUUUAAAAAUCCUUCAAACUUAUAUAAAAAUCUUUGCAAUGCAUAUAAAACAGUGAAAAGUUUAGAUAAAGGCAUUAUUGAAUAUAAAAUAGAUGGUUACCUAAAAGCUCUUCUUCAACCUAUUCAAUAUGUAUCUUUUCUAUCUAUACUAUCUUUAACAAAUCAAUCUAUAAUUGCAGAUAAAGCUAGUUCCUUAUCUGUAUUGAUGAUAGAAUUAGAAGAAAUGCCUCCAAAUACAACAGCUCAAAGAUGUUCAUUAAAAAAGCAAAAUAUUGCUAAAGAUCAGCUUGAUGAACUAAAUUUAUUACUUAAUAUCAUACAUAAUCCUAAAAGAAGAAGUGAUUUCUUGGUUCAAAUUACUGAAACAAAAAGAGAAAUUGAAGCUGAGAAAAAAGAAAAACAAAGAUUACAGAAACAUGUUGCUAUCCAAGCCAAAAGUCAAGAAAAAAAUGAAGUCUUUGGAAGAAAAAGGAGAAAACAGUCAGCCUACAAUCUAGUAGAGCAUAGUAUGUCAACUCUUUCAGAGAAGUUAGCAGAUAUUGUUUUGCCUAUUGACCAUUUUGGCUCUCAUCUCAAUUCUAGUAGUAAUGUUAUAGAUAGUGAGUUGGCAAACCAAAACUUUUGUUAUGCUGGUGAAAGAUUAUAUAAUAUUUGGCAGCAGGACUAUAUUCAUAGAAAAGAAAGAGCUGAAGAAGUACAUGCCUUGUUAGAUGAAAAUAAUAGAUUUUUACCAUUAGCUACUAAAGGUCGAGAUAGCCAUUUUCUUAAUCCUAUACAUAUACUCCAAUAUAUAGAGCAAACAAAACUUCUAGGCUAUCAAUACUACCCCUCUAUCUUCUCUGAAUUAUAUUCACAAUUAGUUUGUUCUAUCUAUAAUUGA